ACUAAACCGUAACCCUAAUUACUAUUACUAUAUAUAUCCAGAGUUUGAAAAGCAAGAAGCGGACAAGUAGUAGUGAGAGUAAAUAUGGAUUGGGGUUUUGUGAACAGAAGCUGGGAAAAAUGGGCGUCUAACUAUGUUUCCUCCAAUGCUGAUGCUGGUCAACCAUUGAAGGCUGCUCUGCUAAUCAACUAUGAUCCAACCGGACCUUCUCGUCUACUGUCUACCAUUGCAGAGGAGGAAGGUAUAGAAGCAGAUCCCAUUGAAGUGGGCGAGUUUGUGAACUUCUUCAAACGACGCAAUUACCAGACUGAAAGCUUCUUUAUUGAGUCACAUCAAUAUAUUGUUACAUCAAUACAUGAGAAUUGGUUUUGUGCAAGGUGCCUGGACACUUCAAAGCCUGCCGGUGAAGGAGCUAUAGUGUACAAGACAUCAUGUUUCCUCUUUGUAGCAUUAUAUGAUGGCUCCAUUGGUUCAGCAUCUCGUGCCAUGGCCGCAGUUGAUCGUUUUGCAUUGCAUCUAGAACGAAGAAAUCUAUGAUAAUGUAUAGUCAGAUGGGGUACAUUGUGUGUCUAGAUUGAUAUAGCAUGUGGCAUUCUGUAAGAAUAGCUUGAUAGUUUGAAUCAGCAUUUUAUGGUAUUUUGGACUCUAACCAUUACUCUGACCAUGCUAUGGCAGUUGAGUCUGACUCGAAGAAAAAAGAUGCUAUUAUUAUUAGGUCAUGGGCAUGUGUUGGGAAAUCAAAUGUACCAGUUUUUGUUAUCAUGGCUGUUGAUAACUUGCAUCUUUUGUAAAAUGUUACUUUUUGAACACCCUUUUUGGUUGACUUAUGGUAUUCAUAGUUUGGGUCAA